AUGUCUACCGCCUCAGCCAAGACCAACGCCAACACGCCUGCUACCACCAACAUCAACCCCGAGCAAGCCGUCGCUUUCGCAGCUCUCAUACUGGCCGACGACAACCUUGCCAUCACACCCGAGAAGCUCCAGGCCCUCCUCAAAGUCGCCGGUAUCGAGAGCAUCGAGCCUAUCUGGACCACUCUCUUUGCAAACGCCCUCCAAAAUAAGGACGUCAAGGAUAUCCUCACCACAGUCGCCACUUCCGGCCCUAAGGCCGGAGGUGACACCGCCCAACACAUGCACUGCGAUGGUGCACUGGGAGACGGUGAUGCUGGAGACGACGAGAUUGAUAUCUGUGUUGGACUGGACAGUGACGACGAAGCCAUGUUCGGAUGCAGUUUAUUUGAUUGA